UGCAGCCAGGGUUCUGGCCCACAGUAGCCCUAGGACUCCCAUGUAUUUUCUUCUGCUUUGGGGAGUUCUUGGAGGAAUCCUUAAGGUGGAUACUCUUUUUGCCCAGGCCUCGUUAUGGUACUGGUAUUACAUCAAAAAGCACAGAAAAAUACAAAAUUUAUGCAUAAUGAAGUUUAUGGCUGUGGAAAGGCUUACAUUUGAAGCAUAAUUACAGAGCUUAGUGUCAUUGGUUCAGCUAAAAAUACAGUCUCAGUUAUAUAUAUAUUCUGUGAAGAUUUCUUGUAUUUCAAAACUGGUGGAGCUAUUCCUGAUUACGUAAAAGUAUCUCUAACACUUCAUGUUCGUAACCCACAGAAGUUAGCAAUUUAAAAUCAUCAAACUAUGUAAAUACAUUUUUGUGUACUGUCAGAGAAGCUUUGUAACAUUAAAAAAACAAAAAACAAGCUUCCAUAUGGAUGGUGAAAAUGUCCCUCAGUUUUAUUAUGUAAAAUCCACCUAAAUUAUGACAUUUAAAACUUAAUGCAGCAGUCCCUGUCAGGAUUAGGAAAAAAACACUUGGUGGCUUCUUAUUACAGUUUUUCCAUCUGUAUCUUUUAUGUUGCAUGUUUUUCUGCAGUGUGUGGCAUUAGCCUCGGUUACUCAGGUCAGUAGGCUACAGUCAGCUGAUUUGAUCCAGUGUGACAGUUCCAGUACGGGUGUGCAGUGGUUCUCUAAUCAGAUCUGAUGCUUGUGACUGGUGUGUGUGCUGGAGACAGCUAUUUAUGAGUUUGUAGUUUUAAACAGCAGUUUUAUUUGCCAAUUUCUAAAGAAAUAGUCUUGUAUUUCUGCUGGAGUUAUCUCCCAGCAAGUGUUCUUGCUUGAUACUUCAAAGAAUGGCAACAUACUGAGCUUGGAAGCACUGCGCUCUUUCCCAGCAUUUCCCUAAAUCGGCUGUCAGCCCGGUCAGGCAGUAGUCAGGAUGCUGGCAUUUUUCAUUGGGUUCUUAGAGGUGGAAAAUGAGAUCCUACAAGGUAGGAGGAAAACAUUCCUAUCAAGUUUGGGGAAUGUUGGUGUGCUGUGAGGGGGCAGGGAAUUAUUCCUGUAUUCCUUCAUUUCUUCUCUGGCUGUGUAGCGUUUCAGGUCUCUCUCAACUGGAAAAAAUAAGUUGUGAGUAACAGAACAGAAUAUGAAAUUGUGGACCAGAGUACUCCAUGUUCACAAUGCCCUCAGGAAACCAUGAAAAAGAAAUGAGAAACAUUGUUUUCUCAGGUACAUGCUUCUGUGUGUAGUGGCUGCUCCGCAUUUCUUUUAUCAACCAAACAGUUUCAAAUUUUACUGUAAAUUAACAACUCCAGGACCACUGUUGUUGUUCUCUAUUUCAUGUCAUGUCAUUUUAGCCUGGGUAAGGUAGAAAAUAAGUUUUACUACUGAUUGUCAGGUUUUUCUGGCAAAUUUAGUUUAGUGUUUAGUCUUUAUGUCAGUAAUUGUGAGGUUAUCUUUUUAUUGUGUGUAUAGCAGGCCAGGUUAUUUCUGCUGAAGAGUCUUAUUAGCUGAAAUAGCAAGGAGCUUAGAAGGAGCUAGUGUGUAGUUAAGUGCUAGCAUUUUUCAGUAGCAGUUUUGAUGUAGUUUUGCCAGCAUCCAGUAGAUUGCAGUGUGAGGCUGUUCAGAGUUGAGGGUUACUUUUUAUGACUUUAUCAAUACUUGCUCCACCAGCAGUAAAUUGCAGUGGUGCCUCUGGAUUUUCAGGAGCUAGCUGAAACGUAGUACUGUUUCUCUCAAGUACAUGUCCUAUUUUGGCUAGUCUAGCUCACUUCCUGUCUUAACAUAUUUCAACCAAAGAACUGGACUCCCGAGCCAUGUCUCUAGAAACAGUUGAUUUAAUUUUGUGUUGUUUUCUGCACUGAUGUGUCUGAUCAGUGUAAGGCUGGCGCCUUCUCCCCUGAAUAGAAUAUCUUGCCGUGCUGUUCCUGGCAGUCAUUCUUGUUUAUGUCUCUUGAUUUGGCGGCAGCUCCCAGAUCUUCUACGGAUGUUUUGGCAGGCUCCCUCAGCACAGCUGGAUCAGAUGCUUCAGGUCUGGCGACAGAUAUUUCCAAGAAAUAGUGGCUUUUUUUGACUGGAAUCAAAUUUGUUUCUGUGUGAAGUAUUCAGAAAAGUUUCACUGCACUCAGUCUUAGGAAAUGUAGAUGAAGGCUUUUAGCAUUUUCCUAAGCAAUUCUUGUGUGGCAGCCAUGUUGAAUGUUUCCAAGCACUAAAUAGAAGACACAUAGUUUAAUGAAAAUAUUGCUAAUCAAAAGAGGAGAAUUGUGUAAUGAAGGGCAGAAGCCAGAGCAGUGGUAAUAUUCAUACUUAUCUGAGUAAGGACAUCUACCCAGGAACAUAGUUUCACAGUGCUAAAAUAGCUUUCUUUCAAAUAACUGGAAGGCUGGUCUUCAGAUAGAAAAUACCUUCUAUUAAGUUGUAUCCUUCAGGUAGUCAUUUUCAAGUCCUUUUUCUGUCUCUGCAUACUGUUAAUAAUUUAUAUGUAAUUUUCAGAAAUGGAAGGUAAAUCAUUGAAGUUGAACAAGUUUCAGAUAAUAAAUCUUAAUUUCUUUUUCUCCCCUGCCACCAAACCACUGUCCCUUUUUUUGACCAGAUGAUAAAAAGGUUGAAGAAACUUUCAUUUUCUUUAUACUUUUUUACACAAAAUAUACUUUAUCUCUUUUUUGUGAUGGUAGUAUCACACCACUGGGAUAUGUGAGCUAGAGUUCAAGGUGAGCUGCAGAAGGCCAUUUUAAAGCUGUUAAUGAGUGGAGCCUGUGAUUUCUGCAUAAGUGAAAAAAUUAAGCAUUACAGGUGGGCAGGAGAUUUUCUGUUGUUGUAAAAACAGAUUAAAUUAAAAUGUGCUAAUGGAAUAAGUGAUAUUUUGAAUUUGUGUAGAAAGGAAUUAAAGGUUAUUUUGUGAGACGUUUCAUACCCCUUGAUUGCAAUACGUGUAACUGAAGGGUCAAGACUCCCUUCUAGUCCUGGAGUCUGAGUCAUGGUGUUCAGCCCUUUUCAUAGUGCACUUUAGAAAGAAGAUUGUUUAUCUUUCAUACCUGUGACAUUUACAGCUGUAUCAUAAAAAAAAUCAUCUGAUAAUAUAUCUCAUACUGCCUGAAGAAAUGUAGAAGAUAUUUCCUAGAUAACCUAUUAGAGGUCUAUAUUGAUUUUAUGGAGUGUUUUGUAAUAUUUUUCUGAACUUUAGAAGCUGACCUCAACUGAAGAUGAGUUCAGUGUGUCACAUACUCUGGCAUGAUACUCAUGUUUCUGUUUCAAGUCUGUGUCCUGCUCAGAGACCUGAAUUUAUACCAAUUGAAUUUAAUUCAAGUUUGAUUAUAGCAUUGGGGUUUUUUUAUCAUUUUGUGCAGUCAGAGCUCUCUAACUUUGUUUUUAACUUUUCCAGCAAUAUUGGAAAUAAGGAUUAUUUUCUGGGGCUUUUCAUCUCUUCAGUUGCGUCUUCGUUAGAACAUGGUUCUUCUGCCUUUUCUGUAGUGCUACUGGUCUCUGCCUGCAAUAUACAAAGUUAGGUCCUCUAAAAGAUGAAAUCUUAAUCUAGCUUGGUCCUAAAAUAAAUUUGAAGGGCCAGUGUUAUGCAAGACCAUGUAAUCUACAUUAUCCUCUGGAAGUAAAGAAUAACAACAAAAUCUUUAAAAGCUGUUGUGUUAUGAGGUGGAGCCAGUUAGAAAAGCCUGGUUGCUAACAGUUUAAAAUGGAUUUAAAAUGAAUAAUUUCAUUUUGGUGAAAUGUUUUUAUAAUGCUUUUGAUGAGUAGGGAAAACUUUAGUAAGAAAGAAGAUUAUUACUUUUGAUUUAAGAAGGAAGUGAAUCAAAAAGUGAGCAAACAUGGAUUUAGGACAUUGAAAUAAAUGUAAUGAGAAGUUUAAAAAACUGCAGUCUGAAUCUUUGAAAGAUGGAUUUUGGAGAACAUGAGAUCUGAGGAACAGGAAAGGGCUAAAUACCACAAAUUAAAAUAUGGCACAGAAUUGAAUCAGGGAGAUAUGAAGCCACCAAACUAUGAUUCUGAUGAAGGGAAUGAGACAGAGAUUCAGCCACAACAGAACAGCCAGCUAAUAUGGAAACAAGGACGACAGCUGUUAAGACAGUAUCUACAAGAAGUGGGGUACACCGACACGAUAUUGGAUGUGAAAUCAAAACGAGUGCGAGCUUUAUUGGGCCUCUCAAGUGAUGCUUCAGAAAAAGAAAACAGAAAUCAAGAGCCAAUGGUAAAUGGCACAGAGGGCCAGAUUAAAGAAAACGCAAUGAUCGGGAAACCUGAAUUGACUGACUCUGCCUCUCUGCUAGAGACCUUCAAAUUUCUUGAAAAUGCAGCUGCAGACUUUAGUGAUGAGGAAGAUGAAGAAGAUAUUGAAGGAAGAGAGAAAACAAUCAUUGAUACUGCAACAAUUGUAAGGAAAAGAGUGCUAUCUGACAGCAGUGAAGACAGAGAUACAGAAGAAGCUUUGAAAGAGUUUGACUUUUUGGUUACCUCAGAUGAUGGUGAUGGGGAAUCGAGAAGUUCAGGAGAUGGAACAGACUGGGAAAAGGAAGACCAGUGUCUCAUGCCUGAAGCCUGGAAUGUCGACCAGGGAGUUAUAACCAAACUCAAGGAACAAUACAAAAAGGAGCGCAAGGGGAAAAAGGGGGUGAAGAGAAAAACUACCGAAGAUAUGUUUCAGCCUCAGUCCUAUAUAAAACAGUCAAAACAGGGAUGUGGGAAAAUGAUGGAGCAAAGCACAGGGCCCAACAGGUCAAAGCUGCAAGAUAUGCUUGCAAACUUGAGAGAUGUUGAUGAUCUCCCUUCAUUACAGCCAUCUGUUGCACCUUCUUCUAGGCCCAGUAGUUCAAGGCUCAUUGAACAUGAGAUAAACAGGACGGAUGAAGUGGAAGCUUUAACAUUCCCUCCAUCCUCUGGGAAAUCUUUCAUUAUGGGAACAGAUGAAGCCCUUGAAAAUGAACUGGGUCUUGGAGAACUGGCAGGCCUUACUGUAGCAAAUGAGGCAGAUUCGCUGACUUACGAUAUAGCCAACAAUAAGGAUGCAUUGAGAAAGACUUGGAACCCCAAGUUUACGUUAAGAAGUCACUUUGAUGGAAUAAGAGGUCUCGCUUUUCAUCCAGUUGAACCAGUCUUAAUAACAGCUUCAGAGGACCAUACAUUAAAAAUGUGGAAUUUACAAAAAACAGCCCCAGCAAAAAAGAGUGCUUCUCUUGAUGUAGAGCCAAUAUAUACCUUCCGAGCACAUAAUGGACCGGUGCUCUGUGUGGUGAUGAGCAGUAAUGGUGAACAGUGCUACAGUGGGGGAACAGAUGGCCUCAUCCAUGGCUGGAACACAACCAACCCAAACAUUGACCCCUAUGACUCUUAUGAUCCUUCUGUUCUAAGAGGUGCUUUUGUUGGCCAUACUGAUGCAGUGUGGGGUCUGGUUUACAGUGGAGCUCACCAGCGUUUGCUGUCCUGCUCAGCAGACGGCACUAUACGUUUAUGGAAAGCUACAGAAAUUGCUCCAGCUCUCAAUAUCUUUAAUGAUAAUCAAGAAAUGGGAAUCCCUUCAUCAGUAGACCUUGUGAGCAGUGACCCAAGCCUCAUGGUAGCAUCAUUUAACAGUGGACACACUAGCAUUUUUAACAUGGAGACACGGCAGCGAAUUCUUACCCUGGAGUCCAGUGUGGAUAAUACAGUCAGUUCUUCCUGCCAGAUAAAUAGAGUGAUCAGCCAUCCAACUCUUCCAAUUAGUAUCACUGCUCAUGAAGACAGACACAUCAAAUUCUAUGACAACAACACAGGAAAACUGAUCCACUCCAUGGUAGCUCACUUAGAUGCAGUUACAAGUUUAGCUGUUGAUCCUAAUGGCUUGUAUUUGAUGUCUGGCAGCCAUGACUGCUCGAUUCGCUUGUGGAAUCUUGAAAGCAAGACCUGCAUCCAAGAAUUUACUGCCCAUCGCAAAAAAUUUGAUGAGUCCAUUCAUGAUGUGGCUUUCCACCCAUCUAAGUGUUAUAUUGCCAGUGCAGGAGCAGAUGCCCUGGCUAAAGUGUUUGUAUGACAGAGUGCUUCCCAUUCAACUUUAGCUUUGUAUAUAUUUAACCAGCUGCACAAAAGAGAAGAGGAGGGCAUGAGUUGUUUUAUCUUGCCCUAUAAUUCAGAGAAUGUUUGUAAGUGUGUAGUUUUGCAGGGUGCUGUUUUCUAAAUUGACGUUUGGUCUGGUUUCUGUGAGCUCAGCUGGUGCUGAGAGCUUGGAAUCUCUCAGUUUCAGAUAGUUUAAAAAAAAAAAAAAGCUUUUAUUUAGAGGGUGUGAAUUUUCGUCCAGGCAGGCCUUGGGUGAAACUAGGUCUACGUAUUCUCUAUUAAUAAAAUGGAGUACUGGAAAGAAGGGGUCUAAUUGCAUCAGGGAGUAGGAAAAGAGGGAAACUUCCAAGGAUGCUUCUCAUUGAAGAAUCUUAAUGUACUCAAAUCACCUGGAAAAGUGAUUUAAAGUCAGUUCACAUGCUCUUUGCUGUAUCAUGUGAGAGGCACUUUGUCAUCCCUUUGGUGUAUGAAUAAAGUAGAUCUUGUUCAGAGAGCAGUAGCAGAUAGUUAAUCUCAGCCACCUGGCUGCUAGCCUAAGAUAAAUGCAAUUAAAGGAAGGCAAAUUACUAACAUACAUUAAAAUCCUGUAAAGUUUCUGUUACAUCUUCCAUGUUUCUCAGUAAAUAUUUUGUUUGCAAAAAAAUUUAUAUAAUUUUUUUAAGACUGUAUUAGCAUAUGGCUAGAAACUGAGCCUUUAGUCUAAAUCCCAAUUAACAACAGACUGACGUGGUCUGUGUAUACUGUAAUAGCAAAUUUAACUUAUUCAGAUUUUAAUGCUGUUUAUUCUUGGAGACUGGGCACAAGAAAUUAUCACAAAGCUUUCUAAAGAAGCUGUCCUACAAUUUUAGCUCUCAAACGUUCGUCUCCUCUUUCUGUUCCUGCUAAAAAGGGUAUCAUUCUGGGCAUUACGGAUAACAGUGGAAUACUUUGUUUGAAGAUUAAAUCUGAUGCUUCGUAUGAGUCCUUUUAGUGGAAUAGGUGGAAACUGUACAAAACUCCAUCAGUUUUAGAGAUUCUGCUACUGCUAGUAGAUAUUUCCCAGCUGCACCAUUUGAGGAACUUUCUACCUUGUCCGCUUCACUGGAUGUAUGUGCCAUUGAUUGGGUUACCUGAAGAAUGAGCGCUUCUUGUAGUUAUUCAACAGAUGUGCUUUGUUUAUCUAUUCAGAGCUUCUCUGUUGAUUUGACAAAUUACUUAAUCCAAUCUGUUCGUCUUUUUAUCCCUUCUUAAAGGAAGGUGAGUGGGUUCUUUUCUGUUAUGUGUCAUCAUCAGAAUUAUCACUAUUCAUAAGCAUGAAGUUGGUGUUUUUCUGUGAUGGGAAUGGAAAGCAGAAUUUCUGCUGGAGUUGACUUCUGGUGCUGAUAUGAGUAGGAAAGAACCCAGUGCAACUCUUCAUAUACCAAUCUGAGGUUAAGACUGGAAACGGAUAAAUAAAUCCUUACAUUUAAACUGACACUUCGUAAGCAGGAGUCAUUGAACGAUAUCAACAUGAGGUUUGACUAUGUUGUUUUGAGAGUGCCAUUUGGGGAUGGGACCACAUUUGAAGUUGAUCUCAGAGUUUAAAGCAAGUAUAUUAUAUAGAAUAAAAGGUUGACCUGUGCUGUUUGAGCCUGCUAGACAUUAUAUGUACUGCUAAAAUAUUCUGGAAUACCUUUUAUUGCUCAGAAUAUUCACAUAUGUCACUUCAUGAUAUUGAUAUGCAAUAUAUUUCCUUAGAUAAGAUUAGAACUUUUGCCAUGAAACAGAUUACUACAAUAAUAAUACAGAUUAUUUAGUUUUUAUAAAAUGUUUUGGUUAUGAUGAAAAGGAGGAAACUUGGCUGCAAAACUGAGCAUUCAACUUUGUGAGAGUUUUGUGUACUUGACUCAUAUUCUUUCAGUGUCAUUAUUUUAUUUCUUUUUGAAGAGAAAAUUACAAAAAUUUAUUUGAAAAAUUCUAAAAGUUAUGUAUAUUAUAUAUGUGUAUAUAUAUUGUAAACAUGUAUUAAAUGUGUCUAGUAAGGGAAGACUCCAUGGGUGCAUUUUAAUGUUUUAGUAUUAAGAGUUCUCUUGAGUUUGUGUAUACAAAGGAUAAUGGUGUGAGUAUGAAAUGAAUGUUGUGUUUUUGCUUACACAAUACAAUAUGUAGUCACAAUUGUUUAAAUUGCUGUACAUAAAAACUAAUAGGCCAGCAUGCUUGUUUUUAAAGACUGUCAUUCUGAUUACAAUUGGAAUGUAAGAAGUGGCUGUUCAAAUGUGAAUUGAAAGAUGUUUCCUUCUCACUAUUGAGCUCUUGCUCAAACAGAAAAGUGAUUUUUUUAAAAGCUGGCAAUAGCUAGAGGAUGAGGUGCCUUUACAAAACAAAACAAAACAAAUGUAGCCUUACGAAGAGGUUGUGGAAUAUAUAUAUUUUUGUGCUUGUCUUCAUAAUUGAUGUCAAUGUCUUUUUACUGUACUUGCUCACAUACUUGUAGGACUGCAGGGUAUUGUGCAUGAGCCUGUCAGAUCUUCUGAGCAUCAUCGUAGGAGAUAAGGUUGAAAAAAUUAUUUAGGUUAUCUAGUCCAUCUGCUUGCUAAAGUGGGGUUGUAGACUUGUGCAUUCUAAUAUUGUCUUGGCCAGUGAGAUUUUAUAUGUUCUAAAACAAUUAGGCUUCCUUUUAAAGAUUAUUUCAAUUAUUACAUCUCACUGGCAGGAGGAUUUAUGUAAUAUUUAGUAGCUCUUUUUUGUAACUUCAUGCCAGUAUUCCAAGCCAUCUUUUGUGCCAUUUUACGUAUUCUUCAUAAUCUUUGUAAUUUGGAACCUCCAUGCACACACUGGUUCCAUCUGUAUAUUUUCAUUCCUUUCUGCUUUCUUCAAGCUAUUUUUUUAGUCUGCUUUUUUUUUUGCACAACAUUUUCUUGUUUUCAUCCUUUAAGCUCAAUUCUCCAGAUAUUGGUGUCCAUACCACCAUUCCACAUGAUUGAUUUGUUGGACUAGUUUGAGGGUCAUCUGUUAAGUGUGGUUGUUAUUUGGUUGGGUUUAUCCUCUCUAACGUGAUGCUUUUGUGUAGGAAGACCAAGCUUUUGAUGUCUGACAAACUUAAAUUAAAUAGUAUUUCUUUAUUUAUUACAACUUCUUUAAAUAACAUUUGAGCAUUGCUGCUUUUCAAGUUUCUUCUUAACUUUUAGUAUGUUAUGAUUCUUUUGCAGCUAGAGACUUAAUUCCUGUUUCAUGACUAUCCUGGGUCUUACAAGUUUUGAACUUCUGACCUCUGAGGGCACUGAAUUAUUUUUAUUUGUUCCCCUUUUCUGUUCAGUUCUUCCUGGUUCAGUGUAAUUAGUAACUUUCAUUAGUGUGAUACAUAUGUUUAUUCAAAGUGUAAACAAACAAACAAAACUGGACCCAAGGCUUAUUCUU